AUGAAUCGUAACACAAUUAAUGUUACUAUUCCUGAUGGUUUACAUGAAAUGCUUGAAGAUUUUGUUCGUUCUGUUAUAUCAUCGAAAAUAAAAUCUCGUGAUUUAUAUAAAUAUGCUUAUGAAUAUUUUUUAUCUAAUAAAACUUCUUCGGAAACAAAUCUUAAUGAUAUAAUGGAUGAUAAAACUGAAGAAUGUAUGCGUACAGCAUUUGAAAAUCUUGAUGAAUAUGAAAAUCGUCGUAUGACACGUCCAGUUUUAUUUGGUGAUACAUUUAAUCCUGAAAUUGAAAAACUUGUUUUAUCAAUAUCAACGAAUGAAAAAUCUCCUGAAGAACAUCAUUUUCUACAACAAACAAUUCCAACAACAUUACCAUUUCGUGCACUUGAUUAUGACCAAAUCGAAGAAAUUAUUCAAUAUUUUCAAUCAUAUAAUGUUAAAUCCGGUGAAAUAUUAAUGAAAGAAAAAGAAGAAGGAGAUUAUUUUUAUCUUAUUCAGAUAGGCGUUUAUGAAGCAUUAAUUAAUAAUAAACAAGUGAAAAUAUAUAAUAAUGAAGGUUCAUUUGGAGAAUUAGCUUUACUUUAUCGACAACCACGUUUAGCUACAAUUCGUGCAGUAACCGAUGGAAAAUUAUGGCGUAUGAAUCGAGAUAUAUUCUCAAAAGUUGUUCGAUUUGUUGCAUUUAAAAAACGUCAACGUCAUUUAGAAUUUUUAAGAAAUUGUCAAAUUCUAAAAAAUAUGAAUGAAAAAGAAAUGUUAGAUGUUGCUGAUGCACUUAAAUGUGAAGAAUAUAAACGUGGAGAUACGAUUAUUCAUGAGGGUGAUAAUGCUGAUGCUAUGUAUUUUGUUCAAUCCGGUAAUGUAGAAAUUCGUAUACGUGAAUUAUCAAAUAAAACUGAUUAUAUUGUUGUUAAAACAUGUCAACCAGGUGAUUAUUUUGGAGAACGUGCUUUAUUAUACAAUGAACGUCGUGCAGCAACUGCUAUUGCAAUAACACAUUGUCAAUUAUUAGUACUUGAUCGAGCAGAUUUUAAUCGUUUAUUAGGAAGUGCUAAAGAUGUAUUAAAACGUAAUGCAGAACAUUAUAAAACAAUAGUUAAAGAUAUACAAAAUAAACAUAUGUAG